AUGAAUUCUAUAAAUCUUGGGCUCUCAGUGGUUAAGGAAUUACCGUCAGGUAAUUCGACGCUGGAUAAUUCAACAGCAAGUUCGAUUAAUUCUAGCGACUUGGAUAGUGAGUAUAGUGAAUCUACCGUCACAGAAGUGUCACCAAAAACUCGUAAAUACAUGUAUGAAUCGGAUUCCUCAAUUGGGUCAACAUACUCUCAUGAAUUUAUGUACGAAUCGGACACAUCAACUGAUACGGAACAAGACAUGCUGCAACGAAAUUCUGUGCAUGAAGUAAUGGAUGAUUCCGAAGAGAGUGAAUACGAUGAAUUAUUAUCGUCUCGACACGACGAAGAAAACUCAUCUUUACAUAUUGUAGGAGACUCGUUUAGUUCGAAUUCCACGAUUGAUUUUCGUACUAUUAAUAAAACUGAUGAAACAAGCGCAAAUACUGUUACAGUUUCCAAUAAACGUUUGAUUAGAAAGUCACCUUUAGACAUCGCAUCACUUUGUUCCUCCACAACAAAUAAUACAGGCGAUCAACCCAAUCAAUUUUCUCAUGAUGAGGAUAGGAAUAAUUCAAAUCGCAAACGUAAAUAUGACAAUGUUCAAAGAGAGCAGCCACAUGUUUGCUCUGAACCUUCUUGUAAGAGAAGGUUCACGCAAACGGGUGAUUUAAAGAGACAUGAACGCAUUCACACUGGCGUAAAACCAUUUGCUUGCGAAGAAUGUGGACGAGUAUUUUCUCGAGUAGAUACUUUGAAGGAACAUAAACGUACUCACACCGGUGAAAAACCUUACACGUGCAAUUAUUGUAAUAAAAGUUUUAGUAAAUCUGGUAAUUUGCGACAACAUCAACGUACCCAUACAGGAGAACGUCGUUACAUUUGUCAAGAACCCGGAUGUAAUAAAAGAUUUAUGUAUUCAGGAGAUUUGAAAAGACAUAACCGUUCCCAUACGGGGGAUAACCCUUACGAAUGUAAAUAUCCCGAUUGCAACAAAAAAUUUGCAAGGAUGGAUACUUUAAAAACACAUCAUCGAGUUCAUAUCGCAAAAGAAAAAUCGGAUUCCGAAAACGCAAAAAAGGAACAGGAAUUAAAAAUGCACCAAUUUAUAAAUACGGCAAAUCGACCAUUUGCAUGUGCAGAGGAAGGAUGUGAUAAAAGAUUCAUGCGCUCUGGAGAUUUAAAAAGACAUCAACGUGGGCAUACCGGUGAAAGACCUUAUCAAUGUGAUCACUCGGGAUGCGUUAUGAAAUUCGGGCGGAUGGAUACAUUAAAGUCACAUAAACGUACUCAUAUUAGUAAGGAAGCAAUUUGUAAUGAACCUGGAUGUCAUAAAAAAUUCACAAAGAAAAGCAACCUUCGUUCCCACCAACUUAUUCACGUUGGAGAAAAAAGAUUUAUCUGUAAAGAAGCGGACUGUGAUAAGAAAUUUAUGCGUUCUGGUGAUUUAAAGAGACACGUUCGUGGACAUACUGGUGAGAAACCUUACGUUUGCGAAGAAUCUGGGUGUAAUAAAAAGUUUGGUCGUUUGGACACUUUACGAACGCAUCAACGUACUCAUAUUAUGCCUAAAGAAAUGUUUCAUUAA